GGUAAAAAAGAAUUAAAAGGAAGUGCUAAGAAGAAGACUACUAGUUUAGAUGCAGUCUUAUCAAAUAUGGCUAGACAUCAAAAAUUAGACAAUAUGCUUGAUGAAAAAUUUGAUUCAUUAUAAAAUAUAACCAUUUUAGAUUUGUUGAAGCUGAUAUAUUAGAUUAAACUAGUGUUAUGGGAGUCAUAGAAUAUUCUACAGCAUCCGAUCUAAACAUAAAAAAAAGCCGUCUGGGAUGCUCUGUAUGUAAAAAAAAGAUUAAUAAUGAUAAACCAAUUGAACAUUUUUCAUCAAAACCCUGGAUUGAUCAAAAACAUUUAAAAAACAAGGUGUCUGACAAAAAAAUUAGAAAAUGUGAAUAUAUUAAAUUUUCACCAUGUGUAACAUUAAGUCCUAAAAUUAGUGAAUGUUACUGUAAUCGUAUGGAACAAACCAAAAAUGAAUCCUUUCCAAAAUUAAUAUGCUCAAAGCGUUUUAAAACCCCACAUCUGACAGAUGUUGACGAAAAGUGGUUGAAUGAAAUUAUUGAAUUCAGACGUCAAAAUUGGUUUGAUUGUCACGCUGAUUCAUCUAUUGAUGGAAUUUGUGUUCAAAAUAUUAUUCCUCUAAAUAUUUUUAACAAACACAAACUAAAUUGUAGUCAUCAAAAUAAUUCAAUAUCAUUAACUUCUAUUGAUGAUAAUGAACUAAGAACUGGAAAUCCAUUUGCAUAUUUGGAAGAUAUUAAUGCAGUUAAAAAGCACCUAAAUGAACAUAAAAAAACUACAGCUCCUAAAUUUGCUGGUAAAAAAAAAAAAAAAUUCAAAUGCAGUUUAUAAACCUUGGAUACCACCAUCAUCAUCAUCAUCAUCAGUUCAUUAUAAAUUUGAAUUACUUGAUUUAAGUUAAAAAUAAUAAUGUAUUAUGCUUGAAAUAUUUUUUUUUGUUAAAUAGAAAACUAAUUAUUGUUAAGAUAACCUAUGAAUAUAUUAAACAACAUAAUAAACACUGCAGUAUCAUUGUAUAUUACUAAAUUUGUAUUUACAUAAAGAAAAAAAUAUGUUGCAACAAAUAUUAUUUUAAAAGUAGGUAGGUAUACAACAAUGAUAGGUAUGUUCAUAUUAUAUAUUAUAAUAAUUAGUGCUGUGCAAUUAAAUGUGUAUGAAUUUGAA